AUGCUCAAAGUGUUAUCUCCAGUUCUCUAUAUAUUAUCAUCCCAACCCUUGAACAACAUUACAUACUACCUCCCAACACCUCCCCCCUCUCUCAAAAACACCCUUAGAUGACGGCUUUCACAGGCCCGGUUCUGGCCGACGGUGCAAUGGGGGGUCGAACCCUCAUAAUUGGUUCAACCGGGUUCAUAGGCCGGUUCAUUGCCGAAGCUUGCCUAGACUCUGGCUGCCCUACUUAUCUACUCGUCCGGUCCGGUUCAUCUGCCUUCACAACCAAGGCUCAAACCAUCCAUUCCCUUCAAAACAAGGGUGCCACCAUCAUUAUCGGAACGAUAACAGACGAGAAGUUGAUGGAGAAGAUAUUGGAAGAACAUAAGAUAGAAGUUGUGAUUUCAGCGGUUGGUGGUAAAAGCAUUUUAGACCAGCUUCAACUCAUUACUGCAAUCAAAUCUGUUGGAACUGUCAAGAGAUUCUUGCCUUCGGAAUUUGGGCAUGACAUAGAAAGGGCAUAUCCAGUAGAACCAGGACUACGAAUGUACAAUGAAAAAAGACAAGUAAGAAGAGCAAUAGAAGAGGUUGGGAUUCCAUACACCUACAUUUGUUGCAACUCCAUUGCAGCUUGGCCUUAUCAUGACAAUACUCAUCCUGCUGAUGUUCUCCCUCCUUUGGAUCUUUUCCAUAUUUAUGGUGAUGGCAAUGUCAAAGCAUAUUUUGUGGCGGGUACUGAUAUAGGAAGACUAACAAUGAAGGUGAUAAACGAUAACCGGACGAUCAACAAAGCAGUUCAUUUCCGACCACCCAACAACCUCUUGAGCAUAAAUGAACUCGCUUCCUUGUGGGAGAAGAAAAUUAAUCGCAACCUUCCUCGAGUUACCAUCACAGAAGAUGAUCUACUCAAUGCUGCUAAUGAAAUGCGAAUCCCUGAGAGUAUAGUUGCAGCAUUUACCCAUGACAUUUUCAUCCAAGGCUGCCAGAUAAACUUUGCGUUGGACAGACCUACUGAUGUGGAAGCAACGUCUCUUUACCCUGAUACGCCAUUUCGAUCCAUUGAUGACUGUUUCGAUGAUUUUGUAUCGGGCAUACUUGAUGGCCGUGUAAUGUCCGAAAAACCAGCAACUGGAAGUGCAGAUGGCAUAAAACUGCCUGUAUCUGAGGCGUACGCUAUCACCCUGUCUGUUGCAUAAUCAGUUAGCAGGAUUAUUUUCUGUGAUGAGGAUAAUCAGGGGUUAUUAUAUAUGAUAGUAUUGAUUCUUCAGAAGAAUGUAGUGGAAUAAAUGGAGACCAAAUUUAUUGGACAUUUGGUUGUAUUUCUGUAAUGUUAUAUGUAUGGUAAACACUAAACAGUGUACUACUAUUAAUUCUAAAGCCAUGAAUUUAUCAUUAA